AUGGCUAGCAACUCCAUCAUCGAUGCCCACAUCCACUUAUGGCCCAAGAACAUGGCGGAUGAGGCUGGCCACUCUUGGAUGACUCUGGGUAUGCCUCUGGCCAAGGAGCAUGUGCUGGCCGACUAUUAUCAAGCUUCACCGCAAGGCCACGUAGAUGGAGUUGUAUAUGUCGAAACAGAUGUCCGCUAUGCUAAGCCUUCCGGGGCCGUAUCAGAGUGGGCCAAGAAUCCUCUUGACGAGAUCAGAUUCUUGCGCAACGUCGUCGAAGGUGGCUACGGUGAGCGUGAUAGCAAGAUGUUGAAAGCAAUCGUGGCAUGGGCACCCAUGGAUCAGCCGCCCGUUGUCUUGGAAGAAUGGUUAAGAUUAGCAGAAGAAGCCGCUGGACAGGAGACAUGGCGGCGUGUCAAAGGAUUCCGCUUUCUCCUCCAAUCGAUUCACGAUGAGAAGAAGUUCGUUGAUGUGGUCUCUGGCAGCAACUUCAUCAACAACCUGAAAACCCUUGGCAGGCGCGGAUUCUCCUUCGAUGUCGGGGUCGAUCAACAAUCGGGCGGCGUGUGGCAACUCGAGGCGUUCGCGAAAUGCAUGUCAGCAUCGCAUCAAGGUGUUCCGGAAGGAUCGAAGGUCGUCUUCAUCCUCAACCACUUGUGCAAGCCAGAGUUCCAGAAGGAUGGCGCUGGCUACGUGCGUUGGCGUCGAGCCAUUGAGUCAAUGUCGCGAUGCUCGACUGCAUAUAUGAAGCUAUCGGGUGCUUUCAGUGAACUGCCCCAAGCUAUGGGUGGAACCACCAAUAUUGCACAUCACCUGAAGCCUUGGGUGUCGCAUGUUUUUGCGUGCUUCAGCGCAAGCCGCGUCAUGUUUGGCAGCGACUGGCCUGUUUGCAACCUCAAGGGACCGCGGCAGGAAGACUCCUGGGUGUGCUGGAAAGAUGUCGUUGAGUUUGUUUUAGACGACAGCGAAUACCAUUUCACUGAUCAGGAUCGUGAACGAGUCUGGAAGGGUACUGCUAUGGAGGCAUAUCAGCUGGAAUGA